UGCGCGCGCGCGGGGCUGUGCGUGCCGAGGCCGGCGGCCGCGGGAGGCUCGGCGCGAGCGCGCGAGGUGGCGUGGUUCCCGGUGCUCGGCUGUCGCAGCGCGGUGGCCUCGGACGGACCGCGGGCGCGGGCAGGCGGGCGGGCGGCGGGUGGCAGUGCGCAGGCGCGCGAGCCGGAGGGGGACAUGCUCGCGGCGGGCGCGCGGGGCAGCCGGCGCCUCUCCGCCCGCCCGCGUCCCGGCCGCCGCGCGCCGCCCGCCCCGCUCGCCGCCGGCCCCGCGCCCCGGGCGCCCCGGGGCUGGCGAGGGGCGCUCCCGCGGCCCGCGGCCGCUGCAUGGAGCUGAGAUGGCGGGAGCGCCGCGCGGCGGAGGCGGGCGGCGAGACCGGGGGCGCCGAGCCCGGGGGCACCGAGCGGGCGGCCGGGCCGGGCGGCCGGCGAGGGCUCCGGGCGUGCGACGAGGAGUUCGCGUGUCCCGAGCUGGAGGCGCUGUUCCGCACCUACACGCUGCGGCUGGAGCAGGCGGCCACGCUGAAGGCGCUGGCUGUGCUCAGCCUACUGGCUGGCGCGCUGGCGCUGGCCGAGCUGCUGGGCGGCCCUGGCCCCGCGCCCGGCCUGGCCAAGGGCUCUCACCCCGUGCACUGCAUCCUCUUCCUCUCACUCUUCGUGGUUACCAACGUCAAGUAUCUGCAGGCGCCCCAGCUGCAGCAGAUCGGCAAGCUCACGCUGCUCUUCAGCCUCACCUUCGCGCUGCUCUGCUGCCCCUUCGCGCUGGGCGGCCCCGCCAGUGUCCACAUCGGGGUGGCUGCGGGACCAGAGGCUGCCGAACAGGGCGUCUGGCAGCUCCUUUUGGUCACUUUCGUGUCCUAUGCCCUGCUGCCCGUGCGCAGCUUGCUGGCCAUCGGCUUCGGGCUCGUGGUGGCUGCCUCGCACUUGCUGGUCACAGCCACCUUGGUCCCCGCCAAGCGCCCACGUCUCUGGAGGACGCUCGGAGCCAACGCCCUGCUGUUUGUCAGCGUGAACGUGUACGGGGUCUUCGUGAGGAUCCUGACCGAGCGCUCGCAGAGGAAGGCUUUCCUGCAGGCCCGCAACUGCAUCGAGGACAGGCUGAGGCUGGAGGACGAGAACGAGAAGCAGGAGCGCCUCCUCAUGAGCCUCCUGCCCAGGAACGUUGCCAUGGAGAUGAAGGAGGACUUCCUGAAGCCCCCUGAGAGGAUUUUCCACAAGAUUUACAUCCAGAGGCACGACAAUGUGAGCAUCCUGUUUGCAGACAUCGUGGGCUUCACGGGUUUGGCCUCGCAGUGCACAGCCCAGGAGCUGGUGAAACUCCUGAAUGAGCUCUUUGGGAAGUUUGACGAAUUGGCCACGGAGAACCACUGCCGGCGCAUCAAGAUCCUGGGCGACUGCUACUACUGCGUGUCCGGGCUCACGCAGCCCAAGGCCGACCACGCCCACUGCUGCGUGGAGAUGGGGCUCGACAUGAUCGACACCAUCACGUCCGUGGCGGAGGCCACUGAAGUGGACCUGAACAUGCGUGUGGGGCUGCACACGGGCCGGGUCCUCUGCGGGGUCCUGGGCCUGCGCAAGUGGCAGUACGACGUGUGGUCCAACGAUGUGAGCCUGGCCAAUGUCAUGGAGGCCGCCGGCCUGCCGGGGAAGGUUCAUAUCACAAAGACGACCCUAGAGUGCUUGAAUGGGGACUACGAGGUAGAACCAGGUUAUGGACAUGAGAGGAACAAUUUCUUGAAAACUCAUAAAAUCGAAACAUUUUUUAUUGUGCCAUCCCACCGGCGAAAGAUAUUUCCAGGACUGAUACUCUCAGAUAUAAAACCAGCCAAGAGGAUGAAGUUCAAAACCGUCUGCUACUUGCUGGUUCAGCUCAUGCACUGCAGGAAGAUGUUCAAGGCCGAGAUCCCUUUCUCCAACGUCAUGACCUGCGAGGAUGACGACAAGCGAAGGGCCUUGAGAACAGCCUCGGAGAAACUCAGAAACCGCUCGUCUUUCUCCACAAACGUUGUCUACACCACCCCAGGCACUCGGGUCAACAGGUACAUCAGCCGCCUCCUGGAAGCCCGCCAGACAGAGUUGGAGAUGGCAGAUUUGAAUUUCUUUACCCUGAAGUACAAGCACGUUGAACGAGAACAAAAAUAUCACCAGCUCCAAGACGAAUAUUUCAGCUGUGCCGUGGUUCUCUCCCUGCUUCUAGCUGCCUUAUUCGGCCUUGUCUACCUUCUAAUAAUCCCACAGAGCACAGUCGUCUUGGUCCUCCUCGUGUUCUGCAUCUGCUUCUUGGUGGCCUGUAUCAUGUAUCUGCACAUCGCACAGGUCCAGUGUUUUCCAGGGUGCCUGACAAUUCAGAUCCGCACUGUUCUGUGUAUUUUCAUCGUGGUCUUAAUCUACUCAGUGGCCCAAGGAUGUGUGGCCUGCUGCAUGCCCUGGGCCUGGAACGCCACUCCCAACAGCUCCCUGGUGGUCCUCUCCCCCGGAGGCCAGUCCCCGCUGCUGCCCGCCCUGCCCUGCGAGUCCGCGCCCCACGCCCUGCUCUGCUGCCUCGUGGGCACUCUCACCUUGGCCCUCUUCCUGCGCGUGUCCUCCUUGCCGAAAAUGAUCCUCCUGUCCGUGCUCACCGCGUCCUCCAUCCUCGUCCUGGAGCUCAGCGGGUACACGCGAGCCGGCCGGGGCGGCACCCUGACUCUGCGCAGCCACGAGCCCGUCCUGGCCGUGCUCCUGUUUGCCUGCGCUCUUGCCCUGCACUCCAGACAGGUGGACCUCAAGUUCCGGCUGGACUACCUCUGGGCCGUGCAGGCCGAAGAGGAGCGAGAUGACAUGGAGAAGGUUAAACUGGACAAUAAGCGGAUUCUCUUCAACCUCCUGCCUGCCCAUGUCGCCCAACACUUCCUAAUGUCAAACCCCAGGAACAUGGACCUCUAUUACCAGUCAUACUCUCAGGUGGGCGUCAUGUUUGCCUCCAUCCCCAACUUCAAUGACUUCUACAUCGAGCUGGAUGGAAACAACAUGGGCGUGGAGUGCCUGCGCCUCCUGAACGAAAUCAUCGCAGACUUUGAUGAGCUCAUGGAGAAAGACUUGUAUAAGGAGCUAGAGAAGAUCAAGACCAUCGGAAGCACCUAUAUGGCGGCCGUGGGGCUGACGCCCACCGCGGGGGCCAAGGCUAAGAAGUCCAUCUCCUCCCACCUCAGCACCCUCGCGGAUUUUGCCAUAGAGAUGUUUGAUGUCCUGGAUGAGAUCAACUAUCAGUCUUACAAUGAUUUUGUCCUCCGAGUGGGCAUCAACGUCGGCCCCGUGGUGGCUGGCGUGAUCGGGGCCCGAAGACCGCAGUACGACAUCUGGGGAAACACAGUCAACGUGGCCAGCCGGAUGGACAGCACCGGGGUCCAGGGGAAAAUUCAGGUGACGGAGGAAGUCUACCGGCUGCUGAAAAAAUGCAGUUACCUAUUCGUGUGCCGAGGAAAAGUCAGCGUCAAGGGGAAGGGCGAGAUGCUGACGUACUUCCUCGAGGGAAGAACUGACGGGAACGCUUCCCAAACCAGGUCUUUAAACCUGGAGCGGAAGAUGUACCCUUUCGGGAGAGCCGACCUCCAGACCAGGCUGGCCACGAGCUGUCCGCCAGUGUCCUCCGUGGCCGGCUUCACGGUCAGAGCCGGGCUUGGGGCUCUGCAGAGCACAGGGCUCCCCACACACCCCACCCACCAGUACUGCCCUUCCGGAGCCGCUAGGAAGGAGGCUUAGCAGAGCCCCAUGCUGGCCGGCCUGCUGAGGGCCCACUUCAGAGCAAAUGAGGCAGAGGCCACGGGCAGUGGUUGCACCAAGGACCAGCCUGGCCAGAGGAGAGGCUUCUGGAAAGCCAGGGCUUGGAGACGCUUCUCUGAAGGUCUUCACAGAAGAAGCAUUGCAGCAGCUUGGAUGAGGGUGCCUUUGGCUUCUAAAACAAGCACACCCACUCCCGCGCCUCUGCACAGACCUUGAGGGUUUAUAGGCAGUGCGUUCAUUCAUUCAGUCUUUUCCUUCAUGGCCUAGGGAUGGGUGUUUGACCACGUUAGCAUCAGGUGUUGGGAACUUCAGAACAUCUGCCCAGGUGGUAGUGAGAACGGCGAAGGUGCGGCUGGUUGGGCUUCAGGUGACCAACCAGGUGAGGUCAGUGUCGGGGCUUCAGGCCUCAGAGCCCAACCAGUGCUGGGUCACGGACACGCAGGCAGGAGCGUGGAGCAGAGCAGGUCUCAGACAUGAUGGUUCGAGGAAAUUGGGGUGCCCUCUCUCAGCUGCACGGAGAGCGGCUGCACCGGCUUUCUGCAGGUGUGGUGUGUUGCUACGUGAGAUCUUCGAGGACCUGGCAUCCCGCUUCCGUAAGCAUGACUGUGUUGGAGCGUCACGCUGCUGGGACCUCCUCCUCCCUGCCCCAUGGGGACGGCAAGUGGCUUUUAGUCCACCUGACAAGCCACUUCUUACAUUUUCAUCUUUUGGCCAAGGGAGAAAAGGAGAUGGGCCUCAUUUCUUAUCUUUUUCAGCUAGGGUUCUGGGUUCCUCUAAGCUGAGGAGCACAGAGCUUUAUUUUGAAAACAAGUGAGCCUUGCCCCAUGAGAUCUGACUGGAUGGAACCUGUUGUCUCUCUGGAUAUGUCAUCUCAGAUUCAGGCUGUUGUCAUCAGACCCAGUCUCGCAGGGGCAGGCGGUGGCACAGCACUGUUGAAACGGAGGCAUCUCUGGCUCGGGCUUCUUGAUGGAUUGUGAUGGACAUCAGCACUGAGGACAGGUGCUGGGAAGCAAGCAGGAGAGAAGAGGGUCUGAGAGGCCCAGAGGGAGAGGCCCGGCCAGGAACCGCCAGGCCCAGCCGGGCUUCAGCUCUGGAUCAGAGGGAAGGACCCCCGGGAAUGGGAGGGAAGGGCCGGUGGUCUCUCCUGGGGCCGGCCAGGAGGGUAAGCGUCCAGAGCCCACAGCUCCUAAGCCCACCCAGGAGGGUUUGGGUGGACGGAGGUGAGCCCUGCCACGGUCACAGCCAGCGGGCUUGAGAGGGCUGAAUUCAAAGACCCUCUCCCCAGCCCUCCCCAGGGGCCUGGCACGGGCUUUUCCCUCCUGAGAAGGCUCAGGGAAAAGGAGACGUGACACCCAGGCAGGGUGGUAGCAGCGGCCAUGGGCAGCAGGGGAUGUAGCGUUCCUGGGGCGGGAAAGCCGGGGUGGCAGGGCGGCCUGCAGUGGCCAUGGGGCAGUGGCCUCUCUAACCUGUUGGUGAGCCUGUGCAGCUGGGAUGGAGCAGGGCCUGCUCAGAAGGCCCAGAGCUGUGGGUAGCCCGACAUAGUGAGGAAGGGCACCUUUUACUUUUGGGGCUGGGGCUUCCUGGGUGCCCGAGCCACGCCCGCUGUCGGUAACCCCUCUGCCCCUACCCUGGCUCUCUACUGCAUUCCCCUUGCCUGGCUCUCACGUCAGACCCAGGUGGGGUGAGCCAGGCCUUCCGUGUCACUGCUGUGCUCCUGGGGACAGCAGGACUGCGAGGCCUGAGGGCAGGGGGCUCUGGGGAGGGAAUGCAAGCAGAGGGCUGCCACCCCAUGGGGCAUCCACCAGGCCCUUGCAUGUCUGCAGGAGCUCCGUGCUGUCAGAUUCCCCCGCCGCAGGGGCUCCUGAGAACAGGCCAGGCUUCUUUCUGAGCUCCCGCAGUCAGCUUGGGCUGGAGCUCAGGGUGCGUUGAAUUGUGCAGAGGUCUCCUGAGUGAAUGGUGAUCCUGGCACCCAGGAGGAGCUGUUAGCUGGGGUCAAGGGUCCAAGUGGGUCUGGCACAGAGGGGGACCCUCCCCCAGAGAGAGACAGCAGGGGGAGGAGGGAGAGAAGCUGCAGAGGGGGCACCCCAGCUUCCCAGGCUUUGGUGGUUGGGUGCCCAGGCUCCUCCCAGCUCCCUCAUGGGUCACACCCUGUCAAGCCCCGGAGCUGGGAGCCAGGGAUGCAGGGUGGCAACGCGGCCCCUCGAGCAGCUCACGCCGUGGAAACCUGCUGCUCUGCCUCUGCCCGCCACCACGCCCUGCCACCUCCUCCAUGCCUGUCUCUGCCGGCUCUGCAGCGAACACCUCCAGUGUGGUGACUGAAUGUCCCCUUGUGCAGUGGGGCUGUGGCACAGGUGGCUGUACCCCCCCAAGGACUUUGUCCCUGCGUCUCCUCGCGAGACCCCCAGGGGUGCCAAGUCUCAGCUCAUCCCAAGCAGCUCUCAGACCCAGGAGCCAGAGAGAGGGGUCCAUGCUGGCUCAGCCACCUGCCCUCCCCUCAAGUGGGGCGCUCCUUGCCAGCAUGCCAGGUCCCGGCCAGGAUUUGUCUCUGCUUCCAUCUCCUCUUCACCUCUACCCCCUCUUCCUUCCCUCCCCCCCCAGCACCAUGUGACUGGAUUGGAAGCAGGAAGUUUCAAACACAGGCUACCCAGAGCCCCCCUUGCAUGCAGGGGCUGGUAGUGAGUGCGGACCUGGCUUGUGGGGCCUUGGGCUCUGCAGGGGUUCUGCGCCCCUCCUCCAGCAGAUGCCCAGGGCCGUCCGUGAGCAGGUGCAGGUGAGGGCAGGAUCAGAAAAGCAGUGAGCUUGGGGCCACCCUGGGAGCAAAAUCACUUCUGUUGCCCUGCAGGGGCAGGGCUCCUCCAGUGAAGCUUGUGGUGUGUGGCAGACAGGAUACUGCCCCCAGUGGUGUCCACGCCCUAACCAUGGGGCCCGUGAACAUGCCUUCUGCAUGGCAGAGGGCACUUUGCAAGAUGGAGUUAAGAUUACGGGCUUUAAGAAAGGGAGGUCAUUUCAGAGAACCCAGGUGGGUUCACCGUAACCACGUGGUCCUUUACAAAGGGAGGAGGGAGGCAGGAGGGUCCGACAGGAAAGGGGAAUAAGAGGUUAGAUUCAAAGCAUGAGAGGGCGUUGGUUCGUACUUGUGAUUUGAAGAUGGAGAAGCCACAAGCCGGGAGCGCCAUGGCUGUUAGAAGCCGAGGACAACCCCAGCCGACAGCCAGCAAGGAAGCCAGGACCCCACUUCUCCCACCAUGAGGAAAUGGAUUCAGCCAAUGGCCCCAGGGAGCAUGGGAGCAGAUUGAUUCCCCAGCUCCUCCAGAGGAAAACCCAGAGUGGCCGAUACCCCGAUUUCCACCUCGUGAGACCCCGAGCAGAGAACCACCUGGCCACGCUGUGUCCAGACCCACGAGAUCAUCAACACAUGUUGUUCUGAGUCACCAAUGUGUGGCCUUUUGCUAUGGCAGCCAUUGGAAACACAUCUAGGAGCCCACCCUGCACCUCGGGGCCCUUGACUAUUUGUAAGUGGAUAACCAGUGGCCACUUUUAAGGGUUUCUUCUUAAAUGAGCAAGUACUUCCUUCAUCAGCAGUAAUUCCAAAUCCUACUGAUUUCCUGUUAGCACAGGAACCGUAAUUAGCCAUAAUGUCCUUUGGGGUUUGGUGAAAAAGCGACUCCCUUUUUACAUGUGAUCAAACGGUAUUAUAUUGCCUUAUUUAUUUUUACUCUUGUACACUCUUGUCACCAACGCUAGAGCCUUCCAGUUAGGAUUCUCUCAAGUCUUAAAGCCGUUCUGUACAUAGUGCACCAAUUGCAGGUGUUGCCUGUUCACGUGUACCAAAAACGACAACCCUGAGACCGGGGUGGAAGGCACACCUUGCCCAGGUGUGGUGAUGUGCAUAACGCCUGCCAGGCCCCUGCUUGGUGCCAGCCCCACCCUCUGGAAAUGACCCCUCUACGUUCCCUUAGCGACCCUUGCAUGCCUCUCACACCUGCUGUUGGUAGAACAGCAGGGGCCCAGGAAUGUCUCCAGCCACUGACCCAGGGCCCGGACCCGCCUGCACGUGUGUGUCCAUCAGCGUGGACGCCACAGACACAGGUGACCUGAGCUGCCAGGCUGUGCUUAUCAGGCUCUAAAGCUGACCCGUCCUUACAGCCUUCUGUCACUAGAAGCAAUAACUCUAACUCUAUACUGUAGAAACAAGCCUGGCUCAGAGUACCUUUGCAUUUCAGAGACAAGCCAUGCAUUUGAGUUUGCCUGAAUUUGAAUGCGUUGGGGGUUAUUGCUGAGCCUUCCAAAGCCUCCCUGCCCCCUUUCAUGAAGUCCCAGUUCUGGGCACAACUGUGGGUUGGACUGUCCAUGGAGGUAAAGACUGCAGCCCGGGUGUGGGGAGCAGGCAGAUCUGUUUCAAACACUUUUACGGGUCGUUUUGUCAACAUAGCCUUGGGGCAAGGAUGGAGGGAAGGCAAGAUCUGUUUGAUUCAAUGAAUAGAAGGGGGUCAGUCACUAAAGCAUCUCACAGCCAAGAGUUAAAAGGAUAAAAUCCCAAGGCUGAUGAAUGAGGUGCAUUUUAGAUAACUGGUGAGGCAUCGAGGCUUAUCCCUGAAAUAACCAUGCUAGUCCCGGCUCGUCUUCCACUGUGUUUUCCUGGUGGGAGACAAGCCCUCUAGACAGGAUGCCUGCCUUUUGGGGGCAGGAAAAAUUAGGGAACACCUGAUCUGGAGGAUUCGGGUGUCUGGGCCUCGAACAGGAUUCAGCUAGCCUGCAGAGAGAACGUAUUUUAUUUCAACUCAAAAUCAGUAGAGUGCUUUGCUCUCCUACUAGCAACCUAGAAAUAUUGUUUAAACUACUUGUCUGAACCUGCCACUUUCCAAGGAAAGAAAGUAAAACAGCCUAGCAAGAACCGUGUCUUUGGGAAACUGUGGACCCAUCAAUGUUUCCUGCAAGUCAGAGUGCAUUUCCUAGAAAGCUGUCUGGUCUACACUCCCCACAUGGAAGGUAUAUUGCACACAGCAUGCUUGUACAUGGUUUAUAAAGUAACUGAUGCACAGUUUUACACUCUUCACUGUAUACAUUAUAGUCAGAGAAGGCAAUUAUAUACUGAUAUAUCUUGCACAUGUAACAAGAGCCGGCUAAUAGAUUGGCUGGUAAUACUUUCCAAUUCUGAAAAUUUGCAGAUCUAUUAGCUACAUACAAAUUGACACAACCACCACCCUCCAACCCAAAGCUGACUUGCUUACUGUCAGGCUCUUUUAAGAUAUUUUGUAAUGGCGUCAAUUAAAACAAUUUUAAAAGCACCUUAUAAGAGGCAAUUUGAUUGUAAACUAUUUGGUUUGCUAAAUAAAGGGCAUGCCGCAAUGCAGGCUGGGAGGUGAAAUAGCAGGACUCUUGCCCUUGGGCUUCAGGACAUCCUGCCUCCCCAGUUACAGUUUGCUUUCAAGGUUCCUGGCUGAUUUUUGAGCCAGCAGUCCCUUAUUUUCAAUUAAAAUUCCAUGUUAGAUACUAGCACACUGUUGAUGAAAAAUGUGAUCAUUUCUCCAUGAAGUAAAUUGGGCUUUGCAUUCAUGACUCCUGACCUCAGAGCAGGGAGCUGCCCAGGGGGGUGAAUUUAAAUUAGAUUCAGGAGGGGUCCAAUAGAGAGCUCAGCAGCAGGCUCUUGAGCUCAUGUACCCUGCCCCAGAGGUACGUAUUUUUUGAGGAAUACAGGUAUCCAAAACAGUCAUGGGCUUACUAAUCAUUUCAUUCUCUUUGGCACAGAGAGAAGGGCUAGCGGCCACGUGCCAUAGUUGGCCAAGUGGCCAGUGGGGACUCGGGGUCAUGUUGGGCUUUCUCAAUGCCAGUCUACCCUACUCGUUAGGUUGCAAACCCCUCUCCCCAGCCAGGGCCUGUGAGCUGCACCUACACCAUGCAGAGGCUCAUGGCCAAGGCACUGGGGGAAAGGGGCCUCCUGGGGCCAUGGGUGUGAGAACCACCUCCCACUUCCUGAGGCCAUCAGAUGGACCCCAUUCCAAAAUGUGGAAACAGAACCAGGGGUAGAAGUUCAGGAGAGCAGAAUUGGAUUCAUGCAAGAGAAGACUUGUCUUUUAGUGGUGAGUUAUCCAUAAAUGGGGUAGGGUGGUGAGUGCCCUGGCCCUGCAGGGCUUGCUUGCCGAGGAAGCGCUGGCCUCCAAGGGGAGUAGGUGUCUGUGACUCUGUGUAAUAGGAGAGAGCAUGGCCCUGGGACAGCUGCCUGUGAGGCCAGUGGCACCUACACCACACCAAGCCAGACGCAGAGCAGAGCCGAGAUUGGGGGGCCCUGGCCAUGGUGGUUUGUGAUUUGGCCCUUGGAAUGCUUUGGGCUCUUAACUUACAUCUGUGUGUAUAUUUUCAUCUCAAAGAAUCUGUUUAGCCCUAGGAACCUAACCCCAAAACAUCCAUGUCCAAGUGAGAGCUGAUAGCCCUCCUAGCCAUGUUUCAUCUCCAUGAAACCAACUGGGACGCUUGAAAAUAGUCCAGUGACUUUUCUCCAUUUGACCCCAUUUUUUCACACUUAUUUGUGGCAGAUCAUGCAAUGUGCUGUGUGAACAUUUGUCACUCUCCUCUGUCCACUCCAUAAACAGCACAGACCCUGAUUUCAGAGACCACCUGUGGGGCCUAGAGUUUUCCUAAACACAUUGACUAUGGUGAUGACUCAUACAUUUGUAUUUUUUUUAAUUUCCGUGGAAGUAUAAUCCAUUAUGUCUCAUAUCGAAUGUGCUCAUGCUCAUUACCUUAAAAAUAAUUACUUGGCUAGAGGCACUGAUGAAUAGAAAUCAUUUUGCAUGUGUGUAUUACAUAGCAUCAGCAAAAUAAAAAUCACUAAUUUGGUCCCUUGAUUAAGAUACUUCACGUAAGGAACAAAAUUAAAUUUUUGCGUACAGCCAGAUGAUCCCCCCACCCCUCCGCCGAGACAUUUGGUGAAACCAUUUUGAAGUACUCUUGGCUUGAUCUCGCUUGGAAAAUCCUGAUCCUCUGAGGGAUGGUUUGGUGCAGUGGUCAGCAGAAAUAGCCUCCCAGCUGCCUGACAAGCAUCCCGUCCUUGGGCUCCAUUUCCAAACAACUGCUCCAUGAAUAAGAAAGUCUCAUAUUGUAGUUUUCUUUUUAAGUCCAUUUCUAAAAUAGCAGCCCAGAAAUACAGUAUUCCAGGGACAUUGAUGACCUAAGCAGUCAUAUUUAUUUUUGUUUAGUAGCUCGGUUUUGCUUUUUAUUUUGUUUUUGUUUUAUUUGGUUUAUAUGUGUGUUUUUGUUUCGUUUGUUUGAUUUUGCUCUACAUGAGGGCCUCUGGGGAGAGCCCCAAGGUGGGUGUUGGCCCCAGAAAACCAGGAAGGAGGCACCACAAACCCUCUUUGCAUCGUCCCUCCCCAUUGUCCUGGCAGCCAAGGUACUUCCCCGCCGAGGGGCUUCCAUCUUGAGCUCUCUGUUUGCCAGUUGGCUUAAACCUUGGCUGUGACAUGCUAGGGCACGGGAAAAGGAAACAAUAAAAUGUGGUCGUCUUGGGUUGUGGUUCACAAUUGACUGGAAAAAAACAUCUUGGAAAUCAGAAAACCAACCACAAUAGCAACCAUCUGGCCUAAAGCUGGCUGCAAAUAACCACCAUUUAUUUCUUCGACAUGUGAUAUGUCUUAGUCGUGUUAGAUUUCAUUCCUGUGUGAAAUUGGUGAGUUCCUUUCUACACAUCCUUAGAUUCAAUAUGUUCUAUGGUAAUAAUUACAGGGAAAAGGGCAAUAAUCACUCUCUUCUCUAAAAUGUGUCUCCAAUUGAUUUCUCUGUGUGACCACAAAUUAAGGAAAGAAUAAUUACUAAUAUCCAAAUUCAGCUUUAUGGUGAACACUAUCUUUUUAAUGCUUUUUCUCACUUUCUUUUUCAAACAGCUGGCAGAGAUCAGUCUUCUUAUAAUAUUUAUUUUGCAGACAAAGAAUCUGUUGAGGCCCAGAGAGGUCACAGAUUUUAGCAAAGUCACAUGACCAGUGGGUGGCCAGUUCUGUCCAAUUCUAAGCCCUGAUUGUUUUCCAUUAUAGUUUAUUGCCUUGUGGCUUGCUAAUGAUAAAAUCAGCAAACAUUGUGUUGGAUUUGAUGUCGAACUCUAGUUAAUGGGGACACAAAUGCCCACCAUGGACAAGAGGAUGACUUCAGGACAGUUGCUUCUGGGCAGAGUUUGGGCCUUGCCCCUGGGUGGGCAAGGUGUGGGCUAACAGCCUGUCCGUGGACGUGGGCUCAGGCUGCAGGUGCCUGCCCUCCUGUGCUGGCACAAUCACACUGCCUUCCUUGACCCCAGAUGGCUAAAUUAGAAAAAUGCAUAUCCGUAUUUCUUCUUCAGCAGGGUCCGCAGUACAACUGAUCCCCAGCAAGGAAAUAAAAUGUUAAGCAUGGACAAUC